AUGUCGAAAUCACCCGUUAGCAGAACAAAGACAACUCCAUUUACAAUGCAAGUAUCACCAUUGAAUCCACGUCAGUAUGAAGUUAAUGAUAUGCAUACUCUACAUCAACAAAAUCUAAAUUACAUCGAAUUUAUGGCAAGUUUGGAUGAAGCUUCAUAUGGUGACAGUUAUAAUUAUAAAAACUAUCUAUCUCCAUCAAAAACAUCACAGAGAGUCGCUGACCCUGAUAUUGCAGUUCUAGAAUCACAAUUACAGAAGGAAUUACAAAAUCUUGAAGAAAUGAAGCGAAACAUGAAACAACAAGUGAAUGAAGCAAAACAAGCACUUGAAGAUUUUCGUCAGGAAAGGGAAAGACAACGCGAACACAUGAAAACGAACAUUAAUAAAAUAUGGAAAUAUUAUGAAGAUGAAAUUGGCACUCUCAACCUCAAAAUCAAAGCUGUUGAGCACGACUCUGUUAAUACACAAGAGUUAUUCCAGUAUUUGUAUGAUCCAAAUUCGGAACCGUUAAAUUUCAAGAGAAUGUUUGAUCUACGCAGAAAAAUUGCUCAGUUAGAUAUUGAUUCAACGAAUGUCAAAGAACAAGCAUCAGAGCAUAAUACCUCGAAAUGA